GGCGAUGGCUUCCGACGACCUCUUCGAGGGCCUGCCUCCGCCCGCCGCCGCCGCCGGAGGAGGAGAGGGCGCGGCGUCCCCGUCGCCUCCGCCUCCGCCGCCGCCGCCGCUGCCGCUGCCGAGACCGCCCGCGCUGAAGAGCGCUCUCAAGCGGGACAAGCCCUCCUCUUCGGAUGCCGCCGCUGCUGCCUCACCCGCCGCCGCCACGGAUGCCGCAGCCGAAGGACGUGCUCCUGAGAAGCGUCUUAGGUUUAGAACUACUGUUGAUGCCUCAGAAAUGCAAGUCAUUGAAGCUAUGCACAAGAUAACAUCACACAUAGGGAAGCCUUCGAAAUUCAGCAAGGCAUCAAAACUAGCUCUGCAGCUUACUGAGGCUGGGAGUGUCAAACCCGGGACCAUCAGUCACUUCUUUGCUAUAUUAGAGGCUGCAAUGUCUUCACCAGGAGCUUGCAACGAGCCUUCUGUGCGUGCUGAUUACCAGGCUUUGUUUAAUGCUGCCCAGGGUGUAACAGAGCUUUUCAACCAACAACAGAAAAAUCAGUUUAAUAUAUGGAUGCUGCAUGCCGUGGUGGCUAAUGAUCUUUUCACUGACGACAGUUUUGUGUUCUCGAAGGCUGUAGGAAAAAUCAAAGAUGCCAUCUCAGCACUGCCAAUCGCAACAGUGGAUGAUGACAAUGAUGAAGCAGCAGCCCUGGCAGCUGUUGAAAGCAAAUCUGGCACCACACAUAAUAAAGCAGAUGAUAAUGUGCAAGCUGCAGCAUCGAACUCGUUGCCAGAUGAUAGCACGCAUGCUGCACCCUCCAAUUCAAGAGAGGAAUCCUCUGAUCCAUUUGGUUUGGAUGGUCUACUUGAGCACAAGUCAAAGAAGUCUGAAAAGGCUCGAGAGAAGACAACCGCUACUCUAAUUAGCAAAGCAGACGAUAAAGAACCAAAGAGAUUUCUGAAGUCACAACGAGAAGCCCUCCUGAAAUGUCUGGAAAUAGCUGCUCGGCGCUAUAGGAUCCCAUGGACGCAGACCGCCAUUGACAUCUUUGCCAAGCAUGCCUACGACAACAUGAACCGGUUCACAGCGCAGCAGAGGGAGGCCAUCACGAAGCUGUGGAAUUCGAUCAAGGAGCAGCAGAUCAGACGGAAGCAGGGGAAGUCGGUGAGCGGGAAGCUUGAUGUCAACGCGUUCGAGUACCUCCAGGAGAAGUACUCCCAUGAGAAGAUCAGCAUCCGCCAUGCUGUAGGCGGUGGCGGUGAACGGCGCGCCACUCAGUGGCUCGGCUGACACACACCCAAGUUCAGUUUCUCUCUGGUUGCUGUCUGCUGAUCAUCAUGUAGUGAUGUGAAAGAAGAAGAAAAAAAAAACUGCAAACAGCUGAGAAACUGCAAGAGGCUUGAUGGUUCCACAACGACGGCGUUCAUCACAUCAGAGUUGUUGUUGCUGUGUACAUGGACUUCUGUGUGGCAUACUAUACGGAUGAUGCAAUUGCUUGGAAUUUCGAUGGCAAGCGUGCGGUUUAUACUUUGAUAUCCCUGGCUCUGGCUGUGUAACAUGGGGUACCUUUGUCAUUGAUCUGAUCUCCAUUCUUGUGAGCUCAUCUGUCUUGUAAACUUGUACUAGUAGCUGAUGAAUGAGAUGAGAUGAGUCUCCAUGAGUUUGCUCGUGCAACCGUUUGCACGUGUGGCUUGCAUGCCAAUCUUGUGUAGUCGUCGUCGUCUCGUAAUCUGCACGGCUAGUAUGGUACCAGUAUUAUACUGCUACUUGCGUAUAGUUUUGGUUAAUACGGUCAACAGCCAGUGACCACUUUCUCUGGAUGUGCAACCUUUUCUCAUGGACAAUAACUACUAAGAUCAUCAUAUAUAAAUAUGGCUCUAGUACCAUCUU